CCUUUUCACCAUUUCUUAAAUAAUUUCUAGUGUCAUCUCCUCUGCUGGAUGGGAGGUUCUCACUGAGUGGAAAUGAAGGUGGCGUUAUGUUGAAUGGAAGGUUUACAUAUGAUGGCCUUGGAAAACAGCUCCAUAUCAGGAAUAUGGGAAUUGUCAACAAUAAGCCAUCAGCAAAGGAUCUACUUAUCCUUUACAAUGAGGGUGUUCUUAAUAAUAUUGAUUAUUCUAAAUGGACCUGUAAGAAACGUCUGAUGAAUUCUGAUUUCAUCCCUCUGGGAGUCCCAGAAGGCGCGACUCAGGCGGGUCAGGUGGUUGCAGGCUCCUCCUCUUUGUCAGGAAUGGAUGUACUGGUCAACAGCUGGAAGGGGGCAAUUCACCAGGGAAACGGCUAUUACCAGUCUACCUUCACUGAAUUCGGCUGUCUGCCAAUGACCAACCUACUCUACACCCCACAGACCCACUGGACAUCCAUCAGCUAUUACAACAUCCUGCUUGGCAUAAUGAACCCCAUGGAUUUCAUUCCUCCAUUCUUCUGCCAGAAAGCAAAGCUGGAAUCUCAUGAGACCAACUUCAUUGAUGCCUUAAAGUCAGUGACAAGGGAAAUAGUGUCUGAGGCCUGA